GGCAGGUAUAAAAGUGCCCGGCUGGCUCACGGUCAGCAUCACUCGACUGUGUCUGCUCCGACAACACACACACACCAAAACACACCAUGAAGCUGAUUGUCCUGUUCGCCAUUGUGGCCGUGGCUUUCGCCCAGGAUGAGAAGAGCGCCGAGAUCGUGCGCAACGACUACCAGCUGAACGAGGACGGCAGCUUCCAGGCCGACCUGGAGACAUCUAACCAGAUCGUGACGUCCGUGUCGGGCCAGAGCUUCCCGGGCAACGAGCCCGAGACGGGCAGCUACAAGAUGACGGGAGAGUACAGCUACGUCGCCCCCGACGGCACCCCCAUCCGCGUCACCUGGGAGGCUGACGAGCUGGGCUACCGCGCCCAGUCCGACGUCAUCCCCACCAUCUAAGCUGUCCGCUGUCGAGCGUUUCACACCCAGUCGCCAUCCUGCCCCACCUGCGGCCGGCCGCCGCCGCCGGUGAGCUGGCGGGAGCGGGCGCCGGCUCAGUCGGCCGCCGCUUCGCCAGGCUCAUCGGCCUGUCAUCAUCGGACGCGGCGCGCUCGGCCACUGUUGUCUGAACGUGCCAAUACAGUCAGCAUCGCCCCAGUCUAA